CCAGCCUGAGAGCACCUGGGUGGGGCAGGGGCGGGUUCACGGACCUGCAGGAAGUAGGAAGCGCAGGCAUAGGAAGGAGGGCUUGGGGGCCUGCAGUCCGGGCUCGGGGUGGGGCUCGCCAUGACCAGCCAAUCACAGGGUAUCCAGCAGCUACUGCAGGCGGAGAAGAACGCUUCCGAGAAGAUUGCCCAAGCCCGCGUUCGAAGACAAGAAAAACUGAGGAAGGCCUAUGAUGAAGCUAAGGUUGAGAUCGAAGAGUUCCGACAGGAGAGGAACAAAGCGUUUGAAGUCAAAGAAGCUGAGGCCCUUUCUCACGAUGACAUGUCCAACAAACUGAAUGAGGAGGCCGAUGAGAAAAUAGAGCGCCUCCAGGAACUGUACAACCUGAACAAGGACCAGCUGCUGUACAACAUGUCAGUUGAAAAACAGAGGCUCCAAGGUUCUUUUUUAGAAAGCAUAUGUUAAAAGUGGAAACAAGGAAGACAUAAUCUAUACAUACAUAUACGUUUGAAUGAUGCCUUCUACUGUGAGGGGAGGGGAAGGAAGGACUCAGAUAUCUGGUGUUAACUUGGAAAUAACACAGAACUACUAAAGAAGUCAGCAAAAACCAAGUCUUUAAUGAGGAAAGAUAGUGUUCAAUAUUCCAGCCUCACACAGAGUCAAGCUCCUAAAAACCACACAAAGCCAAGGGCUCAGGGAUUCUGCAAACAGUAUCUCUGGGAGAACACACCACAGGAGAUGAUUCUCCUAAGACUGACAGAACUUGGGGGUCUUCUAUACCCUCUGGAGAACUUGGUACAGCAAAAAUGCCCACACAAGGCGCAAGCAGGCUGCAACCAGCAGCUGGGGUGUCAGAGGAGUGGUCAACUACAAUGAAUACAAAAGGAAAGGGUCAAACCAAGAGCUGGGCUUCCUGAGAGAGGAUUUUAAUACAAUUGGAGAAACUACUAAGACAAAUAAGGGUACUCAACAUUUGACUGCCAGUCCUACCAAAAGUGGGGUCACCAAACCCUUCAAAGUCUAUUGUUCAAUUCAAAACAGGUGCACCUGGUAUUUACUUCAGGGGAUGAGUUCUGGGGGGUGAGGGGCAAAUUUGAAACUUGGAGAAAAGUCAAUUGACACUGGAAAUAAAUUCUAUUAUUAAAAAAAAGGAAGAAAAUGUACAUUAUAGGAAUCUUAAGAGAGAAGAUAGUAUUUUUUCUCAACAGUUUUUUUCCUAAAAUUAAGUAACAUGCUGAGGCUAUUUGCCUUUUCUCAGAGAUCUCCCAAAAAACUGACUUUGGGUGUUUUGUUUAAUUUUCAGACUGGCUUCUUUUCUAGCAUGCUGGAUGUCUCAAACCUGUAAUAGCCUCAUGUCAUCCUCAAGCAUUUAAAUUUUUUAUGUACAGAUCAUGAGUGUUAAGGUCCAGGAUUUCACCCUCCACCAAGGAAGACCCAUGGACAAUGCAAUCAGGCAAAGAAAGGGCCGUUUAUUAUGGAACUGGUACGCGCACCAGUGGAAACUUCUGCCAUCAGAGUUCCCAGUUGCUUCUGAAAGGCUGGGCCUUAAGUACUUUCCAUGUAUGGCCCCCCUUCCAGCCCCUUAUCUGCUACAUACCAUU